CUGGCUGAUAUCUAUCUCACUUGUUCAUUAGCAGGACCCUUGAACGGUCUAAAUCUUCCGAGGCCUCUCACUCAACAGCUCAGUGAAGAGAUCCGCCCCACAGCACCUUCAGGAGCAGCUACAGCACACCGUGCGUAAAAAGAUUCAAAAGCGCACCCGUUGCAAAGGAUGAAGAUGCAUCCCAGCUCAACGACCUCUACUCCGUUUUCUGUUAAAGACAUUUUGAAGCUGGACUACCACCAGAACGAGUAUGAAAAUGAUCAUCAGAUGACGGAUCAAAUUGUUCCGAUGCGUCAAUAUCAGCUUUUACGCGCUGCGUCCAACGGCGACGGGUUUUAUGACUUGCAGUCUGAGCGAUGUGUCUUUGGGAGGCAGAGGAAGCUCGAUGCUCACGGCUCAGCAGCAGAAGAGGAGAUGAAUGAAAAGGAUAUUUGCGGUCCAAACUCUUCACCUGAAUGUGACAGUGACACCAAAAGCAAAAGCAGGCUACGCAGGAAGCCCCGGGUCCUCUUCUCUCAGUCCCAGGUGUCCGAACUGGAGAGGCGCUUCAGCCACCAGCGCUACCUGUCUGCCCCGGAGAGAGAACACCUGGCCCAGACUCUCAAACUCACCUCUACCCAGGUCAAAAUCUGGUUUCAGAACAGGCGGUACAAAUGCAAGCGUCAGAGGCAGGACUGGUCCCUAGAGCUGGCCGGGUUCCCACCCCCACCGAGGCGGGUAACGGUGCCGGUGCUGGUGAGGGACGGGAAGCUGUGCGGCGUAGGUCCCCAUCAUUCGGCGCCUUACAGCGUGACUCUGGGACACUACAGUCCAGCGUUUGGCUGCGGAAACAGCGACCUGCACGGCUGCGGGUACCAAAGGGUGCCCAACUGCAGCAGCCAGCGGGUUGAUUCGGUUGACUCAGGGGGGCUACUCUACCAGUUUCAGGCUUCUUUACAAGGUGUUGGAGGCUGGUAA